UCUCAGUUAUGUUUGUUGAUACCUACGGUGGUAGGACUGAAGUGGGCGAGAAAAGCGUAUAAGAAAAGGAUUUGUAUUUCUGGGACUAUCUUCUGGAUCUUUCCCAUAUUAUUUUGCUUUUGUCGGACUAAUACUUCAUUAUGUCAGACGUUCAACUCUCAGGCACUUUGGAACGACUCGUUGCGAGGCGAACGUUUCCACUGCACUUACGUACCGGCGUCUGUCGGAACUUAUUUGGACCGGUUGAUCACGACGAGCUAAGCGUUGAGCUAAGAGCAAAACUCGGAGAAAUUUCUGAACGAGAUCAGAGUCGCUGGAAUUUUAAUUUCAAGGAGGACACGCCGUUACCAGGCCAUUACGCAUGGGAAGAUGUAUCUCUAACAAUAGUGCCUACUUUCUAUCGGGAUUCAGUGCAAAUCGGGAGAGAAAUAACUGGGUUUUCAGAGAAUGAAACAGUAGAUCUAGAGUCGACGACAGUGGACUAUAAAAAUGCCAAGGUUUCGGUGUGUAAUGAACUCACCAAACUUAAAGCUCCCUCUGCUAGUGCCAGUGGAAUUAACCAGGAGAACUGCACUGAUAAUGUCAACACGGGGAGCAGGGGAUGCACGUCUACACCUUCGGUUUGCAGGAAAAACACAUCAUCUUCUGACUCACCAAGAAUCAGCGCCACACAAGUCACAGAUUUCUUCUCCAAAAGAAAACGCACAUUUAAUGUAAAAGAAACUGAAAAAUCACAAAAUCUUGGGGUCACAGUUCCUGCGGAGCAAACACCUCGCAAAAGAAUACGUUAAAGGCGCCUAGCUGUCAGGAGUUCAGUUAUCUGCUGCGCAGAUGAAUGGCACUCCAUACGGAAGAACCAGAAGGAGGAUGGAAAAUGAACGGGACUCUGAAGCCCAGAUAAAUGUAGCAAAAACACUGGCACUGCUGCUUAUAGUGUUAUGUCUGAAAGACAAUUUGAAGUGGCCAUACAGAAGGAUGUAGCGAUGGAAAUGAAAUAUUAGCGUGUUUUUGUGUCAUGUCUAUUUCCUAUUUAAUUUUAAUUUUCUUUUAAGAUUAAUAACUUAAAUUUUAUUUAUUCUCAUUAUCGCAUUCAAACUUGAUGUUUGUUGACAUCUAUUUUUUUAUAUUUAGGCUAUUGUAUGUUUGUAAACCGUUUGUUGAAUCAGCGGAAAUGUUUGGUUUUAAUUAUUUUAUAUUUUGUUAUAUGAUUUGUAAUUAUUCUUAUUCUUUUAUAGAAAUAUUGAAAUAAAUAUUAUUUUGUCCCAACACACAGUCGUUUGCGUCAUGAUUUCAGACCCUUUAUAUUGUUAGGUUUCUUUGUUUUUUUUUAAGUGUUUGCAAUCAAUGGUCAAACUUUACACAACAUCAUACAAAGGACCAUGCCUACUGAGCACCUACGUUUAAAAUAAAAUAAAUAAUAAUGUUCUCGCAGCUUACUGCGACACCCUCUCUUAUUCUGAGAAAGAAGGCAGCUGCAUGCUAUAGGGAAAUUUUUAAAUGCCGUUUUCUCUCCAUAAUGAACGAAGCAGGUGCCUUAGGAACCCUGCUUUGUCCAUACAGAAGCCCUCAUUAUCAGUCCCCACUCAACAAUUUCUCUUCAGAAACACUUACAAACACCAUUAAAGCCCUUGGCAACAACGUGCAUUAACCUACAAAAGCCAGCCAUCUGCCCACACCCCAUCUGCAUCCAUCUCAUUGUAUAGUUGAAGAAAUCUUUCCCCAUCUCAAAUAUGCCCAGAAGUUAGCAUUUAAUAGGCAUUAAAGUCCACAAAAAGGGACUGCUGAAUCAGAAAAGAAAAAAAAUCUAGGGCUAGAUCUAAAUUUAGGUUGGCAAAACACACACACAC